CGUCUACUACUCUAUUUGCGAAGGUUUGAGGAUGCUGUGGGAACCAACAGGAUGUUGCUGCUUCUCCCGGAGAACAGGGAGCCUUAUCCUUGGCACCUUGGUUUUGAUUGGGUCAUUGCUGACAAUUGUAGUCUUUUCAUAUGGAUUGCUGACUGUUGAUACAGAAGCAGCAAUAAGAAAAGAAUGUUACAAAAGUCAAGAGAAAGAGGACUGUGAGAAGUUAGCAGGAUAUGCAGUGGCUACAAUGGUUGCAGUACACAUGGUGGUGGCUACACUUAAUGUGAUAUUCAGCAGUAUGUUGAUCCAUGGUAUUUUGAAGGAAAAGCCAUGCUUGAUGAUUCCCCACAUGACAAUGAGACUCCUAUCCAUCAUCUUCAGUAUUAUUGUUAGUGCUAUUUUAAUUGGAAUACUUAUAUAUAUCAAUGAAUGGCGUGCUGUAGCCGUGUUCACCAUCAUAUGCAGCUUAUGGAUAUUCAUACUUACUUACUUCCUGCUGGUCAUCCGUGCCCACUAUUUGGACAUGAAGCGGUCAGUCUCAGACAUUCACCAACUGCUGGUGGAAGUUUCUGACAAGAAUGAUACACCCAUAAAAGCCAAGAUCUUUUACCCAUAGGUUAAAAUAUUAGACAUACAAAUUAAGAACUGCAAUUAGCUGCUGUGCAUUUUACCAUUGAAUUCAAAACUGUACUCUGUAACAUAAAAGUUAUUAAAAUAACAGUUGAAUGGUA